AGGCUGAGGGCGCCGAGCUCCGGCCCGAGGCACGGGGGCGCCGGCACGGUGACCAUGUCGGCCUCCCUCGUCCGGGCAACCGUCCGGGCUGUGAGCAAGAGGAAGCUGCAGCCCACCCGGGCCGCCCUCACCCUGACACCUUCAGCAGUAAACAAGAUAAAACAACUUCUUAAAGAUAAGCCUGAGCACGUAGGUGUAAAAGUCGGUGUCCGAACCAGGGGCUGUAAUGGCCUUUCUUAUACUCUGGAAUAUACAAAGACAAAAGGAGAUUCUGAUGAAGAAGUUGUUCAAGAUGGAGUCAGAGUGUUCAUCGAAAAGAAAGCACAGCUAACACUUUUAGGAACAGAAAUGGACUAUGUUGAAGACAAAUUAUCCAGUGAAUUUGUGUUCAAUAACCCAAACAUCAAAGGAACUUGUGGCUGUGGAGAAAGCUUUAAUAUUUGAAACCUCAGGACUUCUGGCCAUAAGCCCCAGGGCAGCUCGAAGAGGCCUUUGGGUUUACUGAAGAAACCAAGCGACUGUCACGUGCUUAAUAUGUGGCUGUCUUGCAAAGAAAAUAAAGUGAUGCAUUUUGAAAAUGAAGCCAGUGUGGUGGAUUCCAGAAGAAAUGGUAUUUGUAUUCUCUGUAGGGGACAGAAAAUGAGAAGCCAUUGCUCCUUUUGGAUCAUUUCACUCUCCGCAUCCUUUCUUAGUAGAACCAGUUUCAUUGAAGUUGCCUCCCGAGCACCUGUUCAUCCA